GAAGGCUGCGCCGAGCAGGCCCGCGAUGCGCUCGUCGUCGGCGGCCGCGGCGGCCCCGGCCGGCUCGCUGUGGGGGGAGUCGCUGCAGGCCCCGCCGCCCCCGGCCGCGCAGCCGCCGCCGACGCUCAACCGCCUUCCCGAGCCGCUGCUGCGGCGCCUCAGCGAGGGCUUGGACCGCGCGCCCGAGGGCCGCGGCUGGAGGCGCCUGGCCGAGCUGGCGGGCAGUCGGGGGCGCGUCCGCCUCAGUUGUCUCGACUUGGAGCAGUGUUCUCUUAAAGUCUUGGAGCCUGAAGGAAGCCCCAGCCUGUGCUUACUGAAGCUGAUGGGGGAAAAGGGGUGCACAGUCGUGGAACUGAGUGACUUCCUGCAUGCUAUGGAGCACACGGAAGUUCUCCAGCUUCUCAGCCGUCCCGGAUUAAAGAUCACUGUAAACCCAGAAUCAAAGGCAGUCUUGGCUGGACAGUUUGUGAAAUUGUGUUGCCGGGCAACUGGACAUCCUUUUGUGCAAUAUCAAUGGUUCAAAAUGAAUAAGGAGAUUCCCAAUGGAAAUGCAUCUGAACUUAUUUUUACUACUGUACAUGUAAAAGAUGCCGGCUUUUAUGUCUGUAGAGUUAAUAAUCAUUUUACCUUCGAAUUCAGCCAGUGGUCUCAGCUUGAUGUCUGUGAGCCCACAGAAGUAACAGGAAGCUUCCAAAGAAGUUGGGAUGGUGUCUCUGAAUCAAGAUUGCAGAUCUGUGUGGAACCUAAGUCCCAAAAGCUGAUGCCUGGCAGCCCCUUGCUACUACAGUGUGUAGCUGUUGGAAGCCCCAUACCUCACUAUCAAUGGUUCAAGAAUGAGUCACCGUUAAUACAUGAGACCAAAAAGCUGUAUAUGGUGCCAUAUGUGGAUUUGGAGCAUCAGGGAACCUACUGGUGUCAUGUAUAUAAUGAUCGGGAGAGUCGAGACAGCAGGAAGGUGGAAAUCACCAUAGGAAGAACAAAUGAGGCAGUGGAAUGCACCGAAGAUGAAUUACAUAAUCUUGGGCAUCCUGAUAAUAAAGAACGAACAGCUGAUCAGCCUUUGGCAAAGGACAAGGUUGCUCUUCUGAUAGGAAAUAUGAACUACCAGGAGCACCCGAAGCUCAAAGCUCCUUUGGUGGAUGUGUAUGAAUUGACCAACUUGUUGAGACAGCUGGACUUCAAAGUGGUGUCCCUCUUGGACCUUACUGAGAACGAGAUGUGCAAUGCCGUGAAUGAGUUUUUACUGCUUUUAGACAAGGGAGUCUAUGGGUUAUUAUAUUAUGCAGGACAUGGUUAUGAAAAUUUUGGGAACAGUUUUAUGGUCCCUAUUGAUGCUCCAAAUCCAUAUAGGUCUGAAAACUGUCUGUGUGUGCAAAAAAUACUGAAAUUUAUGCAAGAAAAAGAAACGGGACUCAAUGUGUUCUUACUGGAUAUGUGCAGGAAAAGAAAUGACUACGAUGAUACCAUUCCCAUCUUGGAUGCUCUGAAAGUUACCGCUAACAUUGUGUUUGGAUACGCCACGUGUCAGGGAGCAGAAGCUUUUGAAAUUCAGCAUUCUGGAUUGGCAAAUGGAAUCUUCAUGAAAUUUUUAAAAGAUCGGUUAUUAGAAGACAAGAAAAUCACUGUACUGCUAGAUGAAGUUGCAGAAGAUAUGGGAAAAUGUCAUCUCACCAAAGGCAGGCAGGCGCUCGAGAUCCGGAGCAGUCUGUCUGAGAAGCGGGCGCUCACCGACCCCAUCCAGGGGAGCACAUGCUCUGCGGAGUCUCUGGUGCGGAACCUGCAGUGGGCCAAGGCGCAUGAACUUCCAGAAAGCAUGUGUCUUCAAUUCCAGUGUGGUGUGCAGAUCCAGUUAGGAUUUGCUGCAGAGUUUUCCAACGUCAUGAUCAUCUAUACAAGUGUAGUCCACAAACCCCCUGAUAUAGUAAUGUGUGACACCUAUGUUACCGAUUUCCCACAUGUCCUAUAUAUUGAUCCAAAAGACACAAAUAAAGGGACGCCUGAAGAAACCGGCAGCUAUUUCGUAUCCAAGGAUCUCCCUAAACAUUGCCUCUACACCAGACUCAGCUCGCUGCAGAAACUGAAGGAGCAUCUCGUCUUCACCGUGUGUUUGUCGUAUCAGUACUCGGGCCUGGAAGACACUGUAGAGGAGAAGCAAGAGGUGAACGUUGGGAAACCCCUCAUUGCCAAGCUGGACAUCCAUCGGGAUCUGUCCUCCUUUCACACCUGCUUUACGUGUAGCGACCCAUACCCGAGUUCGGCCUCCAUGGCAGCGGGAUGUUAUCAGUCAUCGCAGGAUCUCUUCUGUGGGGCUUACCAGUCACAUCUGGGCAGUCCCAGCCAUGUGGUGCCAGCAGACAGCUGCCACUGCAGCCGGACUGCAGGCACCUUCCUGUCCGAUCACCCGAGCCACCACUAUUCGUGUCAGUUUGGUAGAAGCAAUGUGCCCGUGGAGACAACAGACGAAAUCCCUUUCGGCUUCUCCGAGCGGCUCAGGGUCUCUGAGAAGUGACCUCCUUGCCUCCUUGUUUUCAAGUGUCAGCCCCAUCACUCCUUUUCUCCUAUGCACCAAGUUCUCAUGUGAAGUAAGGAACAGCCAGGGUGGCCAUGCAGCGGUGUCGAGAGUCUGAGAACUCUGUUAUUUAACUCAGGUUUUUCCCUCUUCAUCUCUCCUGCUUGGGAUUCUGUGAACUGGUUUA